AUGACCACUGGAGAGGAGCUCCCUUGUGCUCACUUUACUGUGGAUAAACAGAACAUCUCCCUCUGGCCCAGAGAGCCUCCUACCAAGACGGAUCGGCCUCUGCCUCUGAGGAAACCUUCCACCGUGUGUGCUGCAUUGACCUUCCUGAGUCUGGUCCUGGUCACUUCUGUCUUGCUGCAGGGUAUCCUCUAUUCCUGGCUUUUGGGCACACUAUCAGAUGCAAAGAUUAAUGCUCAGUUGCUGGAAGGACGUGUGGACAACAUCAGCACUGAAGGUUCGGAAAUUCAGAGGAAUCGUGGUGGCCUGAAGGCAGCCAGAAUUCAGAUCCAGAGGUUGAAUGUUAACCUGACUCAAAUGCGCUCUAGACUCCUGACAUUGGAAGCCAGUUUGGAGAAGGCCAAUGCAGGGAUCCAGAGAUUAACAAGAAGUUGGGAGGAAGUCAAUAUUUUAAAUGCCCAAAUUCCAGAGUUAAAAAGAGAUUUGGAUAAAGCAAGUCUUUUAAAUGCAAAGGUCGGAGGACUUCAGAGCAGUUUGGAGAAUAUGGACAAAUCACUCAGACAGCAAAAUGACAUUCUUCAGAUGCUUUCUAGAGGUUGGGCACACUUCAAGGGGAACUACUAUUACCUUUCUCACAUUUCCAAAACCUGGUACAGUGCCCAGCAGUUCUGCAUAUCCAGGGAUUCACACCUGACCUCAGUGACCUCAGAGAGUGAACAGGAGUUUCUGUACAAGAUAGCAGGAGGACAGAUAUACUGGAUUGGCCUCACCAAAGCAGGGAGUGAAGGGGACUGGCACUGGAUAGAUGGAACUCCCUUCAAUAAGCUCCAAAGUUCAAGGUUCUGGAUUCCAGGUGAGCCCAACAAUUUUGGGAACAAUGAACACUGUGCCAAUAUAAAGAGGACUUCACUUCAGUCCUGGAAUGACGUGUCCUGUGAUGCUCAGUUUUUUUUCAUCUGUAAGAAGCCCUAUAUACCAUCAGAACCAUGA